UGCAAACCCUUGCAGCUUUCCUGCACACACACAGAGAUAGCUCUGAUUGCUGCGAAGGGAGAAGACGAGUGCGGUCACCUUUAGCUAGCAUUUAGAAUAGGCUAAUAAUAACCCUGUUCCUUUUUUAUCGUUUUAGUCAUGUAAGGGACUUUGUAAUGUCAGCAGAACAGGAGAAAGACACCCUCUCUCUUAAAAGGAACAGAGGUGGAGACGGGGGGCUUGAUGGGUUAGGAGGGCCGGGUGUGCUACUGGCAAGCCCCGAUAAGAAAAAGCGCAAGUCAAACACUCAGCCGACUCCAUUUGCUCCUCUCUCGGAGUACGCUCCGCCGCCAAAUCCAAGUGGGGACCACCUGGUGGCGGCCAAUCCCUUUGAUGACAGCUACAAUGUCCCGUCGUUCAAGCCUGUGCCCUCUGGGAACCCGUACUACGGGCACUCGCACUACCCUGGUUUCAGCGGCUAUGGCCCUCAGAGGAUGUCUCCGCACGGGCCUGCCAGGAUGCCCUCUCCAUACGGGGGGCCUUAUCAGACGCGAAACCAGCUCCAUCCUUUUCCCCAGAACCAAAUGGGCAUGGGGUUCAGCCGGCCCCCUGGUUUCAACUACGGUCACCCUGAAAAUCCUGCCUACGGGAACCAGCCGGUGUUCAACAACAGCAGCAUGCCUUUCUCACCCAAUCAGCCUUUUAGACCCGGGCCGGGAGAUGGCUUCAAUCAGAUGCCGCCGCACGGCAUGAGCCAAAGCACAAACCCCGACCUGGGCUCGGGUUUUGGACCGGAGGGCAAUGCCGCUGCCAAUGCGCCACCGCGGCCCUGUGUGGACGCUGCUCCUGGGUUCAUGCAGCAACAGAACAACCUCAGCCAGUCCAGCGCCACCGCGUCCAAGCAGAGUGUAAAUGAAGCGUCAAGUAAAAGCACACCCCAGAGUGCGUCCCCCCAGAAACAAAGCCAGGGGACAGAGGAGACCGCGUGUCAGGACGGGGCCUUGGACCCAAAGCUAAAGAGCAGAAACACCCCUAUCAAUCAAGAAGGCAGUCAGUCUAACGCUCUGGAUAAGCUCAAUGGCAUUAUUCACGCUGGCGAGGACUCCUUAAAGAACUCUCCACAGCCCUGCAUCUCCAUGGAGCUGCCUUCCCUCGAGGCCAGGAGGAGGCGCCGGAGGAGUAGCAGCAGCGGAGGAGGUGCUGGCAGCAAUAAGGGCGCGGCGCACCCAAACCGGCCAAGCCACUCCUCCACAGAGCCCGUGUACCCGUGUGGGAUAUGUCUGAAUGAAGUGAAUGAUGACCAGGAGGCCAUCUUGUGCGAGGCCUCUUGCCAGAAAUGGUUCCACCGAAUUUGUACCGGAAUGACAGAGACGGCCUACAACCUCUUGACGGCGGAGGCGUCGGCAGUGUGGGGCUGCGACACCUGCAUGGAGGAGAAAGGUGCUCAGCUCACCAGAACCAGGGAACUGGCGGUACAGCCUGCGGUAAACAGCGAGGGAUAGGCGCAGUCCUGGCGACCUUCACAAGAAUCUUUUGUGAUUUUGUUUGUUUUAGAUUCCCUCCUCGUUUUUGCCUGUUGCAUAACAUCUUCAUUAUUUUGGUUACUGCUGAUGUUUGGGAAGUGCGCAGUUGUCCCUUUGCAGUAGAGUGUGGAUGUCCUCUGUCCAUUCUCUCAUUAGUGGCUCUGGAGUGAGUGGUAGCUUCUCUUUUUGCGACAGCAGUCCUGGCAGCGUAAUGAUUGUCCCAACUACUGAUGUGCUCAAAACAUCUGAGUUGUCCAGUUCCGUUACAGUUUGAAUUAGAAUUUUUAAGCUGCUUUGUUUUCUGUUCUAUACGAUCCUUUCUGGUCUUCCCAACUGCCUCUCUCAGGCACCUUUAGAUAUGUAAUGACAAUAACUCAAAUAUUGAAGAUUUCUGAAGAUUGUUUUGAUGUUAAAGUACCUUUAAAUACAAUUUUACGUUUUAAUUUCCGAUAAAAAUGAGCAAUACUGUCGAGGCCUCUCCAGUGCAGUAUAUUGUCAAAUCAGUCUAAUGUACCAAACAGUACUGAAUAUGGCCUCAUAUGAAAUGAGGAAAACGUUCAAGUUAAGACAUUUGGCAGAGACUUCAGUCAGAUCUCUGAGUAUAGAUACAUUAUAUAUUGUAGUGUUUUUCAAGUACUGUAUUCCUGGCUGUAACAUGCAUGCACUUCUUAAUUUGUCGUAGUUGCCCUCUCAAUGCUUUGUUGUAACUUGGCUCAUGUGCACGCUUUUUAAUGCAUUCUAUUAGUGAUUUACCUGUACAGGAAAUUAUGAUUUUUCCAUUGCUGCAGGUUGAAGGUACAAGCACAAGGCUCAGUUUUUGCCUUAAAAAGGAUGUGCAGAUUUAGAACGUCUUCUGAUCAUUUUGAGAAACGUCUCACAUCUUCAGAAUCUUGUAAUACCUGUGAAGACCUGUUUACUGGAACAUUAUUGAAGGAAAUAGAAAUACUUCAGUUGCUCCUCGCCUGGAAGGCUGUUUAUUUGUAGUUUAUAUCUUGCCAUUUGUUAUCUUGUUGUUUAAGGUUUUUUGAAUGCCAAGUUUUCAUAAACUUCAAUCUCACUGACAGUUCCAGUAUAUUUACUAUUGUACUGCGUUAUUUGCAUAUAGUCGUGUAGGCUAAUUUUUCCGACAUAUGGAACUUAUCUGGUGGUACAGAUACAUGCAUUUCUUAAUGAUGGCAUCCCAGUUAGGGGCUACAUUUUAACUGAACAUUGACCUAUUCGCUAAUUACAGACGUUUAUUACUGCCGUUAUUAAAUGAGCAUUGUAAAGCACAAAUACUUGGCGUGUGCUCGGUACGUCCAACCAGACACCUUUCCUGGGUUUCAUUCCCAAAGGCAGGAGACCCUCCACAUCCUUGGGGAUAUGUUAUAGAUACCCCUGUGAACGAGGUCCGCGAUGCAAAAACAACUAUACUUUCAGUAUGAUAAACAGUGUAAUAAUGCAAUAAACAUGUGCUUAGUAUCUUUAUGCAGUUAUGCAAUAAAACAAGUUUUAUGCAUAAAAUACAUGUGAGAUCAUGAGUUACAGUGGACUGUUGCCCAGUGAAAGGGGAACCGUGCCUCUGUAUAUUCUGUGAAUGGAGGGGGGUUAUUAAAUAAUUACUUAUUAAAUAAUUCCACUUACUAGAAUAUUUUUAAGAAUAUCAAAAGUGUUCUGCACCGGGGUAUCUCUACAAGAGGCUCAUCGUGUAUUAAUCAGUAUAAGAUCGACCGCAUGCAACUGCACUUGUCAGAAAAGGCUGUCCAGCCCAUUCAGAAUCAGCGAAUGAAGUGGUGGGGACCUUCAUACAAGGUUGAAAAGCUCGGUGUCUGGGAGGUUUCAUAAUUCAAGUUCACUUGUCAAAAAUGUAAUAUGGGGGAAAAGGUGCCUACAUGAUGAAAUUAAAUAUGAAGUCAGUUCCCCAUGGAGUGUACCGCAGUAGCUACAGCAGCUUUCUAGCUAUUGAUAUCUGGCAGUUUCCAUCUUUCCAUUUGGUAGUCAACUGAAAGGUACAUUCAUGUUUUUGUAACAUGAAAUAUACAGUAUAUAUAAAAUAAAUACCUUGAAAUAUACAACAGGUUAGUGGUUGACUUGUGGGACUGAGACCAUAUGUCACAGUAAAAUCCUAUUUGAAUCAUUCUGACUGGUAAGAUGUUGAUGUAUGAAGAUCUCUGACAAUUCUCUCUUUAUAUUUAAGCUUGUGAUAGGGUCCGGUCUCCUGGGAUGGUGAUGAAGCAAGAGUGCAUCACAAGGUAGCAUUAAAAAAAAAUUUUUUGACUUUACUUCCUGUGAAAUAUAUGCACUGCUAAAGGAAAGCUUAGCACUUAUAGUUGACAUUUAAAAUGGUUUGACAUGGGGAAAUUAUGUUCAGGCUGUUUGUAAAAGUUGCAAACAAUGUCAAAGGGUGAAUGUAGAUGGUAAAUCUGCUUAAAUAUAAAUUGCAAUCAUAUACCCCUCUACUAUUUGCCCCAACAAAAUUUAUUAAAAUGUAAUUACAGUUUAAUGCAAACUUAUUGCAAACCUUAUUAAGAUGAAUUGAUAAUCAAUUAUGUUUGAGCUUAUUGAAUUGACAAGUUCUCUGUUAGGAUCUGGCUGAACUGGCUGUGUAAUCUGACAAGAUUGUGUUGACUUUAGAGAUUUGCUUCCGUUUUAGACUAUAAAAACAAAUCAGAAAUAAGACCAUCUUUUUACAACACUGCCAUAUUUAUAGUCAAUGGAGGGGAGAAACUGGCCUUUGUGUAUUUAUAUAAGUGUUUAAAUAUGAUAAUUACUGUUAAUUUAUUAGAUUCCAUUUGUUGUGUAGCUAUCUGCUGUGUUGAGAAUGAUCCUUGAUUUAAUAUAUUCCCCAUAUUUCCUGUAAUUUUUUUAUUAUUAUUGAAACUGUUUUAAUUGUGCUUGACAAAAAGCAAUACACAAGUGGUGACUAUCCUGUUAGAUAUGUAUUGUUGAAAUGAACAUUGCCAAUAAGUGUGGUUAAAGUAUGGACCUGCUUUUCCAUGUUAUUUCUCCAAAAUCUUGUGUUUAUUUUUGCUACUUUUAUGUACAUUUUUACACUCUAGAUGACUGUUGACACCAGAUGCCUUAAUUGUGCUUGAUAGUUCUGUAUAACUGUAACAUGUAGCUCUUUAAGUAUAAGGUAUGAAGAGGCCAAAUACUCAUUCUACACUACAUAAAUUAAUUUGUGCUGCCCGCUGCAAUGCUGUGGAACGACUGGUACAAUGUGUUGCUUAAAUGUUUCAAGUGAAAUAUUUACUGUGAUGUGAAAAUAAUUUCAUUACAGAUAUUGAAUGUACCUUUCAUAUUUACAGGAAUUUAAAAGUUAAUUUUUUCCGUUCUACACAAAGUGAUGCAAUUUCGAAUUUAGCUUACAGACUUUGUUUUCUUACUGACCACAAAGGUACAGACAAUACUUAAUUUGUAACAAAGGAGGCCUGGGUUCUGAGAUUUUGUGUAAAUAUUGCCAAGUGAUCAUGGUUGUGAAGACCAAGGUUAAUACUUCUGCUCAUAUAUUCUUGCCACUAGCAUUGUUAAAGAGUAGGCCUCUGCGUUAUAUUAUGGCAUCAAAUUAUGUGUUUACGCGCAAACACACACACACCCAGAAUGCGACAUAGAUUUGUGGCUCUGAUUGCCAUGUCUCUAGUUGCUUGAUCCUGCCAAGACCUGUUACAAAUUAAGUAGUGCAGAAACGCAUCAAGACUGUUUCGAUUAAAUGUGUACUUCAAGCGUAAAGUUGUGAAAACUUUGCUCUAUACUGAAUAAAGUAUUGUGUUAAAUAAAAACUUUAAAUAUUUA